AUGACGCGUGACGCACGCUCAAUCAAGAAGCGGGCCUGCCGGUACCUCUUACAGCACUACCUCGGUCACUUUCUGCAGGAACGACUGAGCCUGGACCAGCUCGGCUUGGACCUUUACAACGGCAGCGGUGUCAUCAGAGAAAUCCACCUCGAUGUCUGUGCGGUCAACGAGCUUUUGGAGACUCUUGGGGCUCCUCUGGAGAUAGUGGAUGGCUUUGUGAGCACCAUAACAGUGACCAUCCCCUGGCAAGCUCUCCUGACGGAUCACUGCACCUUAGAAGUUUCUGGUCUUCAGAUAACAUGUCGACCCAAGUACCGAACCAGUGGGGGUUGGGACUCUCAAGGCUGGUCAUCAAGCAUGGCCUCCAGCAUGCAGCUGGCUCAGGAGUGCCUGAAGGACCCCCCUGAGGCGUCCGAGGAGCCGCCUGCCCAGCUGGAGGGGCUUGAGAUGUUUGCACAAACCAUUGAGACGGUCCUUCGUCGUAUUAAAGUCACCUUCAUUGACACCAUCGUUCGCAUCGAGCACCAGCCCCUGGACCUGGAAACAGGCGUUGCCUUAGAGGUGCACAUCAAACGUUCAACACAUUCCCCGUUUUGUCAUUUUGCCAUCCAGGUGUCCUUCCAGCACGAGUCCUACCCAGUAGCAGUAGCGGGGCCGUAUGGAGAGGGGCCAGUGGCAGCGGGGUUUGGUCCUGGUUGCGAGCAGCUUCUCUCCAGGCAGGUGUUCAUUGUCCAGGAACUGGAGGUUCGAGACCGACUGGCCUCCUCACAACUCAACAAAUUCCUCUACCUCUACACCAGCGAGAGCAUGCCUCGCCGAGCCCACUCCAACAUGCUGACAGUGAAGGCCCUGCAGGUUUGUCCAGAGUCUGGGCUCGGUGGACCAGAGUGUUGUCUUCGAGUCAGCCUGCUGCCUCUAAGACUUAACAUCGACCAGGAUGCACUGUUUUUCCUGAAGGACUAUUUCAGCAACCUAGCUUCCUUUGUUAACCCUUACCUUCCUGUGGACCCUGCGACUGAAGUGAAGGCAGACCCCUCCCAGAAGGCCUCUGAGGAGGCAGAGUCUGCCGCUGGUCUGGGUCCUGACCUCGCAGCUUCUGUGGAAACUACCUACAGCGAGCAGAGCUCCUCCUCUGCCGGCUCCACCUCUUCCGCCGACCAGCCAAUCUACUUCCGGGAGUUCCGAUUCACCUCUGAAGUGCCUAUCUGGCUGGACUAUCAAGGCAAACAUGUCGUCAUUGAACAGGGAACGUUUGCAGGGAUUCUGAUUGGUCUGGCCCAAUUAAACUGUUCUGAGUUGAAGCUGAAGAGGCUCUGCUGUAGACACGGUCUCCUCGGAGUGGACAAAGUGAUCCAGUACGCCGUCACAGAGUGGCUGACGGACAUCAGGAAGAAUCAGCUGCCGGGCAUUCUGGGAGGUGUUGGCCCCAUGCACUCAGUGGUCCAGCUGUUUCAUGGAGUGAGGGAUCUGUUCUGGUUGCCGAUAGAGCAGUACAGGAAGGAUGGACGCAUUAUUCGAGGUCUCCAGAGGGGGGCAGCAUCAUUCGGCACCUCCACAGCUUCAGCUGCUCUGGAGCUCAGCAACAGGCUGGUGCAGGCCAUACAGGCCACAGCAGAGACGGUGUACGACAUCCUGUCUCCAACUCCACCCCUGAACCGCUUUGCCAUCACGGAGGGCUGGGCUCCCUCCAGCCGGCCCCGCAGAGCGGCUCAACCCGCAGAUCUCCGAGAAGGCGUGGCCAAGGCUUACGACACCGUCAGAGAGGGAGUGAUUGACACGGCUCAGACCUUGUGCGAUGUAGCAUCCCGCGGCCAUGAACAGAAGGGUCUGCCCGGCGCUGUGGGCGGCGUCCUGCGGCAGAUCCCGCCCACCGUGGUCCGACCGUUAAUAGUGGCCUCUGAAGCCACUUCCAAUCUGCUCGGUGGCAUGCGGAACCAGAUCAAACCAGAUGCCCGGAAGGAGGAUUUCCUGAAGUGGCGCACUGAGGGUGGUCAAGAUUGAUGACAACUUUUUUUUUUUUUUUGUCUGUGUGAGAGAAAAAGUGUGUGUGUGUGUGUGUGGGUGAGAGAGAGGGAUUAUGAUUUGGAGAAGUCUUAGUUACAAGAGCGAAUCCAGGGUCUGAAUGUGUAUUUGCAUGUGCGUAUGGACUGAGAGUCGGUGUGCGCUCCGAUGCAACGACUAACGACUACUGCACAUUUUGACGCCCAGUGUUUUAUUUGGCUCCAUCAUACAUGGACUUCAACAGAUUUAAUCUGUCUGUUUUGCAUCCAGCGAGAGCUCUCGUCAUAUUCCUCCCCUCAGUAAUACACCAGUCUGCAGAUUCUCCUUACUGUCUGUGCAAACAUAUCACUGUCACUCUCAACUGGCUUCAUUUUCAAUCCACCCAAGGAUUAUCCCUCUCAAGGUUUUCUGUGGUCAUAAGUAAGACACAGAUUGUGGGCACUUCGUGUACUCGUGUAUUGUGCUUCUUGAAACUGUAUUCUAAUUUGAAUUAGUUCUGGCAUGAUUUCAUCUUCUUCAAAGGUCUAUGGGGGGAAGAAAUAAGAGCAAGAGGAGGGUGAGCUCACCUUCUCUCUUAGUAUUCUAAAUCACCCAUCACAAGCUGAAAACAGGGUUUUCUUCUUUUUUGGGUGCAGUGUGUGUGAUGAACCGACACGUGAUGUGACUCGAGCUUUCGUCUAUUAGUCGUCCAGUGAAGCUCAUAGUGGAGACUGGGAGGAUAUUUAAAUGAAGUGUCCUUUGCUAACACCCUCCAGAUGGUUUCCAACCAAACUUCAAAACGCCUCGUCAUUGGUUCAGCUUUGGUCCCACUGUGCGCCUGCUUCUCUCAGCGCUGUUAUUCGUGCCAUAAACCUUGCAGAGUGCCCUUUUUAUGUAGUUUGUAUUGCCUUCCUCAAACCUGCACCCUCCCUGCUACUGUACAUGUAUUACACAUACUGGCUCACAUGGAUACAUACCUGACUGAGAACAAGUUUCCUGACUGAACAGAGACACGGAUCACACAAAGCCUCUAAACUCUGUUGCACAUUGGAUUCUUUUAAAGCUUCGCUAAGUUGGACUUCAGACAUCUGCCACUCACAGUAAACCGUCCAGAUGUCAGCCAGUUGUUCUUCCUUCUGCAUUACAGCUCAUUUGUGCUUCUGUUUCCAUGAAGAGUUAGACUGAGAUCUGAAUUUACUUACUGUCUUCAGAAUCGCUUUGCCCUCUUCUAUAGUUGCCUUCCUGCAUUUUUCAGUUUCUUUAUUUGUUUUUUAUUCUGUUAAAACUUACUUGUUAAACUUGUUAAUUAUUGUCAUAAUCAUUUUCAAAAUUAGCUUUGAGAGGAUGUGAAUCUUGUGACAACGGAGGAUGAAAAAUCGGGGGUUUUACAUUUUUAUCUUAUUAUUUUUUGUUUAAUAAGUGUAAGGGACAUGUGUGUGUGUGUGUGUGUGUGUGUGUGUGAGUGUGAGUGAAUGAGUGUUUGUGUGUGUGCGCGCAUGAUGCAUGUCUGUGAGGGUGACGGGUUGAAGCUUGUUACAUCUCUUGUGUGUAAUUACCAUUUAUUAUAUCAUAAACUGUAUGAAUGACCUGUAUAAUACAAAGACGAGGAGUAUACAAAAUUAAUACAAAAAAUAAAAAAUCUGAUUUAUAAAAAGUGAAA